AUGAAGCCGAUUUUCAUCGCUAGUCUCUUGUUGACUCUUUUCCCGGUCUCCUUUGGUGCUUUGUGGAACCUGGAAAAGAUUUGUGAGUGUGAACUCGGUUACAACGCUCUCGCUUACAACAAUUAUGGUUGUUGGUGUGGAUUGGGUGGAUCACAGAAACCAAUUGAUGGAGUUGAUCGAUGCUGUAUGAUGCACGACAAAUGCUAUGAUCGAGCUGUUGACAAAAAGCUCUGCAUCACCACUAGUUUCGAGUAUAUCGACGAUUUUCGAUGGCAAUGCACUAAUAAUACAGCGGCUUGCGAAGCCUCAACAAAUGCUUGUGCGGCAGCUUUAUGUGCAUGUGACAAAGCUGUUGUUGACUGUUGGAAACAAUACGAGAAGCCAAGGAGUAAACCGAAAUGCAAUGGUAUCCGCCGCCUCUUGCAACUCGUCGACUCGGCUCUUGAGCAUUUUGAACAU